CCGGGCGGCAUGAAGACGAGCCGGCGCGGCCGGGCGCUCCUGGCCGUGGCCCUGAACCUGCUGGCGCUGCUCUUCGCCACCACCGCCUUCCUCACCACGCACUGGUGCCAGGGCACGCAGCGGGUGGCCAGGCCGGGCUGCGGCCCCGCAGGCUGCCCUCCCGCGGGCGCCAACGCCUCGGCCAACGGCUCGGCCGCCCCCGCCGCCCCCGGGCCGCCGGGCCCCGCGCGCUACAGCUGGGAGGCGGGCGACGAGCGCUUCCUGCUGCGCCGCUUCCACGCCGGCAUCUGGUUCUCGUGCGAGGAGCUGCUCGGCCGCCCGGGUGAAACAUGUCGCAGCUUCAUUGACCUAGCACCUGCCUCAGAGAAAGGGGUCCUGUGGCUGUCCGUGGUCUCUGAAGUGCUCUACAUCCUCCUGCUGGUGGUUGGCUUCAGCCUCAUGUGUCUCGAGCUCUUCCACUCCAGCAAUGUCAUCGACGGGCUCAAGCUCAACGCCUUCGCAGCCGUCUUCACGGUGCUCUCAGGCCUCCUGGGGAUGGUGGCCCACAUGAUGUAUACGCAGGUGUUCCAGGUCACCGUCAGCCUGGGCCCCGAAGACUGGAGACCCCACUCCUGGGACUACGGGUGGUCCUUCUGCCUGGCAUGGGGCUCCUUCACCUGCUGCAUGGCUGCCUCCGUCACCACCCUCAACUCCUACACCAAGACGGUCAUAGAGUUCCGGCACAAGCGCAAGGUCUUCGAGCAGGGCUACCGCGAGGAGCCGACCUUCAUAGACCCUGGGGCCAUCAAGUACUUCCGGGAGAGGAUCCAGAGGGGGGAUGCAGAUGAGGAGGAGGGGCUGCGGCUGGACUGUCGUCACGAGAGACACACGGCCCGUCACCAGCCGCACUCCGGCGACUCCUGGCCCCGCAGCUCUGCGCAGCACUCCCACCCCCACUUGGGGGACUCGUGGCCCCGCAGCUCUGCGCAGCACCCGCACCCCUACCUGGGCGACUCCUGGCCCCGCAGCGCAGAGCAGCCCCACCCGGGGGACUCGUGGCCCCGCAGCUCGGCGCAGGACCCCCUGGAGCCGAGCCGCCAGUGCUGGGUGCUGGGGCACUGGGUGUGACUGGACACCAGGCCCUUCCCGACCCAACUCAGAGGCCUGGAGCCACCACGGACUUGGGGUGGCUCCUCCAGUCGGCCACCCGCAGGACGGUGCCCGCGGGGCUCAAUAAAUGCUUGUGGAAAGAG